CACGGGACGGGAACCAGUUCCGAGCCCUUGUACGAGGCUGAACUUUUUUAUUUUUGUUUAUCUAUUCUUCACUCCAUCCACACUUCAUACUUCAUGCUUCAUAUUGCAUAUAAAAUGUUCGAGAUCUAUUUGAUAAUAUUGAUCGAUAAUAUAACAUUUACCUAAUCACCACCACAUAUACAUACCGUUAUACAUCUCCAAUUCCAUCAGAAAUCAUAUUUUCAAAUAUACCCACGCAAUAUGGGUUUCCUCACUACCCUCACCAGCUAUCUACCUCAACAUGAAGGUGUACUCCCGCAGUGGCUUCUCUUCGUGAGUAUUACUCACUGUCCUUGUACAUAAAUCCUGGACUAACCCCAUCACUUCUCCAGAUCUCCAUAACGUCCCUCUUCAAUACAGUUCAAUGCUACUUCACUCUCCACUUUAACUCCCAGAUCUACAACGCAAUUCCUAAAUCCAACACUCCUCUCAGCAAAAGCACCUCUCAAUCCUACCCUCCGACCACCUCCGCGACACCUCUUUCUUCUCGCACAUUCGGGACAUGGACUCUCAUCACCGCGAUUGUGCGUCUUCAGGCUGCAUACCACAUCAAUAAUCCACAAAUAUAUCAAUUGGGGUACGCGACGUUUAUUGUUGCCUGGUUACAUUUUAUGGGUGAGUGGUUGGUGUUCGGUACUGCGAAGAUGGGGAAGGGAUUGGCAGGGCCAGCGGCGGUAUCUACCGCGACGUUGAUUUGGAUGUGGAUGCAGUGGGGAUUCUAUGUUAAAUAAGUGAAGCAGAUGGGACAUGUUCAUAUCAUCAUAACCUGACAGAGUUGUCUGGUCCUCCUGGUGAAGAACCCUGUAUUCUUGUGGUUUGCUGCGGAGUUAAUUAAAGAAAUAAGAAUUUCUGAGGAUAUAAUAUAUGGAGUUAGGUGGAACAUGUAUGGAGAGUCAAUGGGGUGUUUGAUCCAAGCUGGAGACGUCAGGCUUUGGUAUAAGCUUCACAAAAUUACAGAUAUCAGUCAUACCUACAUCUAGUGUUGGUGUCAAAAUUUAUCUUUCUUACAAAAAAAAAAGGAGAUAAGUAUC